AUGGCCGAAGACAGACAACCCCCUACCAUCGUCGAGGGCGCCACGACGGGCGAUGUGGAGGACGAGGUCGAGCAGACGGCCAAGUCGGCCGAGGACCGCAAGGCUGCCGCUGCCAUGGCCGCCCUCGACGCGCGGGAUGAAGACGCGGCGAACAAGAACGUUGACCAAGAGGCCGUCAGCAAGGCUAUGAGCCAGCUCAAGACCGAUGCAAACGUCAAGAAGGAUGUCAAAAAGGCCGUCAAGGUUGAUGCUGCUGAUGUGGCGCUGCUUGUCGAUCAGCUCGAGCUCACAAAGCCCAAGGCUACGGAGCUGCUAAAACAAUACGACGGCAACGCGGUGACUGCCAUGCGGGCAUACAUCGCCGUACAAUAA